AUGAAGAUUUUCAUUGCUGAUCGCAAUAUCGAGGGUGCCGAAGAAGCCGCGAAAGAGCUUAACAAGAACGGCCAAGUUGCUUGGGCAGUGCAGGUCGACGUAGCGGACUGGGACUCCCAGCGAAAAGGAUUCGAAGCUGCCGUCAAUAAACUUGGCCAUAUCGAUUAUGUUUUUCCCGUCGCUGGGAUUACCGAGACAUCUUGGCUUCCCAAUCGACCAAACGCGACUGUUUUUGAGAAGCCCAACCUAUCUGUUUUCGAGGUCAACGGGACUGGAGCCCUUUACACCUCAGCACUGGCGAUCCAGCAGUUUCGCCGCCAGCAGCCGAAUAAGUACGGUUUUCGUGGAAAGAUUGUGGCAGUGGCCUCGGCAACCGCCUUCUACUACAUUUCAACCCUACCUAUCUACACCGCUUCGAAGCACGCCGUCGUCGGUUUCGCGCGUUCAUUUGGCAAAUACUUGCCCGAAGAAAAGAUCACCCUGAAUGCCAUAUGCCCCAAUAUCGUUAGGACGAACAUCUCCACAGGGGAAUUUUACCAAAACGCCGACGCCAGGGGCCUGUUGAUACACGUAGACUCCCUUGUGGAAGCCUUUGAGUCUCUGCUGGGCGCGAGUGAUGUCUCUGGCGAGGCCAUCGAGAUCUUGCCUGGCAACGAGGGGCAUAGGAUCAAGGAAAUUCCUGAGUAUACUAAUGAAAAGGUCAAGGAGAGCGUGGAAUUGACCCAGAACCGGUCGCACAGGUCGCGUAAGUUCCAUGAACCUGUUGAGACAUAG